GGGUUGGUGGGUUAAAAAGAGGAGCAUUAGUGGGCGUGAGCAUGCGAGUGUGUGUUGGUGCUCCCAGGGCGCAUGCGGACUGAGGCCCAAAAGGGAAAGCCUUCCACACAGAUCUAAGCCAGCUGCCCUGCUCUGUAUACUUCAUUGCAAAAGGUUGGAAGAAAGGGGGAAACGGCGUGCAUCCCCUCCUCUCGUGUGCUCAGAGAACACUGGCAAAGCAGCUGCCAGCUCUACAAACAGCGGCCGAGCAACUCUCAGAGACUUUUGCCGUUGGGUAACGGCUCCUCUGGGAGUCCUUCUACUUGAGAUCCUUGGGAUUCAGAGGGCACUUGCCCUGAGAGGGGGGAGUUCAGACAAACUGACCCCUGGGGUUAAGUAGAAUCAGUUUGAGUGGAGGAGGGGAGAAGGGUACUGGCAACGGUUAGUUAGUGGGAGGUGGGAGGCCACGGUGGGGCUCCUGCACUGCUCAACGAGGAGAAGAAGUAAGUCGCCGGGAAGCGGGGAAAGAGGAGAUGGCCACGGGAGAGAUCACAACACUUCCCUCCACACCUGAAGACGGCAGCAGUGGCGGCUUCCCCCCCGGCGCCUACAAGGACCCCAAAAGACUGUACUGCAAAAACGGGGGCUUCUUUUUGAGGAUCAAGUCUGACGGAGGAGUGGAUGGAAUCCGGGAGAAGAACGACCCCCACAUAAAACUUCAGCUGCAGGCGACCUCAGUGGGGGAAGUGGUCAUCAAAGGAGUCUGUGCCAGCCGUUAUCUGGCCAUGAACAGAGACGGACGACUGUUUGGAGCGAGACGAGCUACAGACGAGUGCUACUUCUUGGAGCGACUGGAGAGCAACAACUACAACACAUAUCGCUCCAGGAAAUAUCCCAACAUGUACGUGGCUCUGAAGAGGACGGGUCAGUACAAGUCUGGAAGCAAAACUGGACCGGGUCAGAAGGCCAUUCUCUUCCUGCCAAUGUCCACCAAGUGUUAAAUCUGAGAAGAAGAAGAUGUGACCAAACCCCCCCCCCC